UUUUCCAGCUUCUUAUACACAACAUGGUCGUUCGUAUUCGUCUCGCUCGCCACGGUCGUCGCAAUCUACCCUUUUAUCACAUUGUUGUUGCCAAUGCUCGUACUGGACGCAACAGUAAGCCUAUCGAAAAAAUUGGCGCCUACAACCCUAUUCCUGAUGAAGCAGGCAACAAGUUGAUCAACUUGAACUUUGAUCGUGCUAAAUAUUGGUUAACUGUGGGUGCUCAACCUACAGAGACUGUCGAGAAGAUUCUUGUGAAUGCUCAACUUAUGCCUCAAGCACCCAAGCCAUGGAUGGAACAAGCAGCAAAGAAAGUCAAGGAAGCUUCCAACUAAUUACAUGUAUCAUACCAGCACAAAAAUUCUUGAUUGUAAAAUAAAAGCACAAAAUAUCUCUAGACAGGAUUGAGAA